AUGGCCUUUGAUGAAGCCCUUUGGCAGAGCUUGCAGCAAUGCAAAUUUCGCACGGUCAAGGAAGCUCCAAGCGAAAGUUGGUGUUGCCAUGAGUAUAAUGCCACAGGCCUUUGCAAUCGAUCAAGCUGUCCGUUGGCGAACAGCCACUACGCUACGGUGGUGAAGGAUGGUGCUCAUUAUUGCCUCUGUCAAAAGACUCCCACAACGAGCUGGACGACUGUGAAGUUGUGCAAGAGCUUGGCAGCCGCUCCACGGCGCCUGGAUCAGCUCUUGGAAGCCUCCCCGGAAGUGCUGGCGCGAGCACAUGUGCGCCUCCGAUCGCUCCAAAGGGCCCAUGGCAGCGAAGCGCUCGUGGGCGAAGCCGGGGGCCACGAGCCGCUGCGGAAGGUGGCUGUGAACAAGAAGGCGGACAAAAGGGAGAACAAAAGUGAGAGGAAGGCUGAAGAGACAGCAAAGGUUGAGUCUUCUGUUGGGCAGGAGCUCUUACGAAGAUUGCGACAAGGCCUUUAUGCUCCGAAGAUGGCAGCGAGGUGCAAUGAAGAGCUGCCACGCGAGAUUGAGGACCUGAAUGCUGCAGGUUGCUUGGCCGGUGCAGUUGGCGGGUGCCCCAUGAAAAAGCACGGCCGGUCCACACGGAUCAAGGGCGAUGGAGCUGAAGCGGAAGCAGCGAGAAGUGGAAUACGAGUUGGAGAGCACCAGGUCAUGAAGAACUUGGCUGGCCGGUGA